GCAACUUUCAACACAGGCUCUAGCAACUAUACCAAUGGCGCGUGAAAUACGUAAGUUCGAUUACUUGCUCUUACAGACAGUUUUCAAGAGCAUACUUCCUAUUUUAGAGGCUGGACUGGCACAAGCGUGACGUCAAAUAACACCCGUUCUGCCGACUUCAUCUACGUUUGAUAUCCCUGAUGCUUAUCAAGUAACAUCAAAAAGUGAAAAAUUUUUAUUUUCUGACACAUUGAUUGGUCGAAGAAAACGGAUGCUACUCUUCGGCAGUGUUACCCAACUGGAAUUGUUAUUUGAUAGCCCCACUAUUUUUAUGGAUUGAACGUUUAGUUCCACACCUCCAUUCUUCGAUCAGGUUUAUACAAUACACGCUAUGAAAUUCGGAACAAGUUUUCCGUGUGUGUUUGGUCUUCUACCAGACCGUAAAAAGUCGAUGUAUCAACAAUUAUUCAAAGUAUUACAAGAUUUGGCCAUUUCGAUGAAUCGUACAUUUAAACCAAAUCGUAUAUUGAGCGAUUUUAAGCCAAGUCUAAUUCUAGCCGUGGCCAGUGAAUUUCCUCAGGCUGUACAUAGUGGCUGCUUCUUUCAUUAUACACAAGCCAUUUAUCGACGUAUACAAAUUUUAGGCUUAACAGUAGCUUAUUCACAGAAUGGUGAAAUUCGAAUUUGUUGUCGUAAACUUAUGGCAUUAGCACUACUGCCAUUGGAUAAAGUCGAGUGGGCAUUCCAUGAUUUACGUACAAAACCACCAGCAGCGGUGAAACAAACAUUACAUCAACUGUUUCUUUACUUUGAAAAACAAUGGAUGACCGAUGUACCAUUAGAAAUUUGGAAUGUUCAUCGAUACAAUCAUCGUACAAACAACAACUGUGAAGAUUUUCAUAAUCGACUAAAUCAACGUAUCCAAAAAUCGCAUCUGAAUAUUUGGAAGUUCAUAAAAUGUCUUCAAAGUGAAGAAAAUCGAUUUCGUCACGUUCUUCUUCAAAUGAAUGCUGGAGCUCAAGCAAGGCCUAAAUCAGUAGCAACAAGUUCAAUUCAAAAAAGAAUCAACACAUUCAAUAAUCGUUAUAACAAUGGUGAAAUCAAUGUCGAUGAAUUACUUGAUGGCUUAUCACUAAUUGUAGCCAAACAAAAGAGAUAA